AUGGCCAGUGACGCUGUUUUAAUCUUUUCUCCUCCCUCCCCUCCCCCCCUUACCCCUUUCCCCCCUCUGAUACAAGUUCAGAGGAGCACAAGCUCAUACGAGAGCACUCGCCUUGUGUCAGCUGCGGCUCACAAGUUCAUAGGGGAGGUAGCCAGUGACGCUCUACAGUUCUGCAAGAUCCGGCAGGCGGGCAGCGGCAAGGAGAUGAAGGCGAAAGGGCCCAAGGAGAAGAAGCUUGUACUCACUACAGAGGACCUCGCUGCUGCAUUGAAAGAGGUGGAGAUGUGCGAGAGAGGAGUAGCACAGGAGGGUGGUGUGACAGAGGAGAGAAGAGAAGGAGGAGAGGGAGUAGAUGCUGAGAAAGGGGGGGAGACAGUGGAGAAGCAACAGCAGGAGGAGAGGGAGAAGGGUGUUGAAAAUGAGGCUGAUAUCGACGAAAAUAAUGGCAGUAGGGAGGAGUAUUACCUCCUUUCUCCUGUUGAGGAGGACGGAGAUGCAGACGAGGUGUUGACGGUUGACGAUGCCUUUGAUUCCAUAGGUUUCGGCCCUUAUCAGCUCUUCCUCGUGUGCUAUACUGGCCUUGCAUGGCUCGCUGAUGCCAUGGAGAUGAUUCUGCUCUCCUUCGUGGGACCAGCGGCGCGGUGUGAGUUUGGACUUUCAGCAGCAGAGGAGAGCCUCAUAGCGAGUGUGGUGUUCCUGGGUGUAUUUUUGGGCUCCUACGUGUGGGGCCUCGUGGCAGAUGCCUACAGCAGAAGGAGAGGGUUCACCAUGACACCGCUGCCCUCUUCACAAUCAGCCACCUCUCGUCUCUCUUGCUCCCAUGCUCUCAUCUUCUGUCUGUCCAUAUCAGGGGCUCCUACGUGUGGGGCCUCGUGGCAGAUGCGUAUGGAAGGAGGAGGGGGUUCAUGGCCUCUGCUCUCUUCAACUCAAUUGCCUCGUGUUUCUCUGCCUUUCCUUGUCUCUCAUCUUCCUUUUCACUCAUCUUGCAUCCGCAAUGCCAGGGGCUCCUACGUGUGGGGCCUCGUGGCAGAUGCCUAUGGAAGGAGGGGGUUCAUGGCCUCUGCUCUCUCAAGUGAAACACCUCAAUCCAACGGCAUCUCGUCUCUCUUCCUCCCAUGCUCUCAUCUUCUGUCUGUCCAUAUCAGAGGCUCCUAUGUCUGGGGCCUCGUGGCAGAUGCCUACGGAAGGAGGAGGGGGUUCAUGGCCACUGCUCUCUUCACUCUCUUCGCUGGCUUGCUCAGUGCGUGGUCACCCACCUUCCUCGCCCUCCUCAUCUCUCACUGCCUUGUGGGGUUUGGCAUCGGAGGGGCUUCUGUGCUACUCUCUCACUCAGUAUUCUCCUCUCCUCUUCCCUCUUCCCUCCACCACACAGUGCGUGGUCGCCCACCGUCCUCACUCUCCUCAUCUCUCGCUGCCUUGUGGGGUUUGGCAUCGGGGGGGUGGUGGUUGCCGAACAUCCCCUCACCAUCCCUCCCUUCCUUCCCCCACACCACACCACACAGUGCAUGGUCCCCAACCUUCCUCACUCUCCUCGUCUCGCGCUGCCUCGUGGGGUUUGGCAUCGGGGGGGCAUCCGUGGUCUUUUCCCUCUGCUCCGAAUUCCUUCCCUCCCACUGUCGGGGUUUCUGGCUCGUGUUUAUCGAGUUCUUCUGGACGAUUGGGUCGCUAAUAGAGGCGGCGCUUGCUUGGGCAGUCAUGCCGAGCCUACACUGGAGUGCUCCUCUCUUCAGCACCUUUGCUCUUCUGCUGCUGCUCUACCUUCCUUCCCGAGUCACAAUACACAUUUCUCCUCUCGCUCCUUCCCCCUUCCUCUCCUCUUUCCCCACACUGCCCCUCUCUCGUUUUUCCCUCCCUCCCUCCCUCCCUCCCUCCCUCCCUCCCUCCCUCCCUCCCUCUCCGUUUGCCUCCACCCCAGGAUGCUAG